AUGGAAGACAAGUGUCCUUUUUGCGGCAGCCGGGAAGGUGCGCGGAACCUCCCCGCUCCGCACGGCCCGGCGCAGAGUCUGUCGCACCAGCUGUCGCAGAACCCGUCGCAGGGCCAAGCUAGCCAUAGUACUCCCCAUCACCCGCAUCACGCGCCGCAUCAUGCGGCGCAUCACGCGGCGCAGCAGCCGCCGGCACAGGCGCCGUAUGAGACGGUCCUAGUGGCGUGCGCUAGCUGCGCUCGAAUUGUCGCGGAGCGGCGGAUUAUUCCUCUGCUGUUCGUUCCGCGCACCGUCGAAGAAGCUUCCUUCUGCCUACCCGCCAGGGACGUGCUGUUGCACGCCAAGCUUCGUCCGGACGAGGUGAGAGCAGCAGCGGAUAAAAUAGAAGAGCUCAAAGCCUUAAAGGAUGCAAAAAUUAAAGCCAGAGAUAAUGAGGUGAAGGCAGAAGUAGCAGCAGCAGCAGAUGACAGUCGAGGAACUGCUAUUUCAGGGAAGCCAGAAGUGAAGGUGGAGACUGAGGAGGGUUUGGUGGAGAAGGGGAGGAGGGAGGUGGGGAAGAAAGAAGAAAGACUGGGAGGGGAUGGGAAGGAGAAGGUGGCAGGAGAGCUGGUGGGGAAGGAAGAGGAGAGUAAGUCCCUGGUAGGGUUUGAUCUGAACUUUGAUCUGAACAUGGAUGCGAUGGACGGUGGAGAUGAAGCGGCGGGAGCGAGGAUGGACGGUGGAGGAGAUGAAGCAAUGGAUGAAGGUCGAGUUUCGGAAGGACAAGAGGGGAAAGAGAAAGAAGAGGAGGAAGAACUUGAAGAGGAAGAAGAGGAGGAAGAAGAGGAAGAGGAAUACGAAGAGGAGGAGGACGAAGAAGAAGAGGAGGAAGAAGCAGAGGACGGGGAGGAGGAGGACAUGGAGGAAGGAGAAGCAUUAGAGGAGCAAACGAGCCCCAACUCCCUCACGGACGACGACCCAUCGCCCCGCUUCCUGGACCCCUCGGACCAGUUCCUGGACGUCUUCUCAUCGCUCUCCCUCGAGUCCGCCCCACCACUCUUCUGUGCCGCCUCGCUGCCCUUCUCGGGCCAGCUAGCAGAGAUGGAGCGGCUGAUUGGCCCCGUGCUGUACACCGGGUGCUCUGGGGGCGCAGGGGGGAGUGCCGUGGGGACGACUGAUUUCCUGCGCGCCUACUUCCAGAUCCUGGAGGUGAGUGGCCUGCUGGACAUAGACCAGAGCAUCACGGACCACGCGGUUACCCUGUUCCGAGACUACGUGGUGUCGGCCGGCGGGGCGCGGAACCGCAACAUCGAAGCCCUAGCCACUGCAGCCGUGGUGCAGGCCAUGCGCGAGGCUCAGGAGGCCCGCACCCUCCAGGAAGUCUCCCUGGUGGCGGGGAUUGCGGUGAAGGAGUUGGGGAGGAGUUUGAAGGGGUUGAUGGAGGUGCUGCGGCUGCAGCAGCCUGUCAACUCCAACUCUGUGUCCUUCCACAUGCCCCGCUUUGGAUCCAUCCUGCAGCUCCGCAAGUCCACCCAGGACCUAGCAACGCACGUGGGAGAGGUGGUGAUAUCCAAGUCAUUCUGCACGCGCCGCAACCCCAUCAGCAUUAGCGCUGCCGCCAUCUACCUCGCGUGCCAGCUGGAGGACAAGAGGCGCACACAGACCGAGAUCUGCAAGGCUACCGGCCUCACAGAGAGGCUCAGAUAUGGGUUUGGUAUCAGCACUGCGGCCAUCUACCUCGCCUGCCAGCUGGAGGACAAGAGGCGCACACAGACCGAAAUCUGCAAGGCCACCGGCUUCACAGAGGUGACGCUAAGGAAGGUGACGCUAAGGAAGGUGUACAAGGAGUUGCUGGAGAACAUUGACGACCUGCUCCCUGGGGGCUACGAGCAGUCAGUGUGUGUGUUUGUGUCUGAGACCGUGUGUGCUUAUCCCUUUGUCCCCACCAGGUGA